AUGUCCUCCUACACCGCUUCCACCCACAAGGCUUCCAGCCACCCCGCCGAGGACGAGAACAGAGCAUUCAAGAAGACUGAACAGGUCGUUGGUCGCCCACCAGUCACGGACCACGACAUAAAUGACGAAUACCUGAGGGAUCCACCAAGGAACGUCGAGAGGCCAAUCCAGCCUGAGGAAGCUCACCCUCGCGGUUUGAAGGAAGGCGUUCAAGAGCGUGAGCCCUUGCAGGAGGGAGUAUUGGGCCACGAGGAGAUUGGAAGGGAGAAGGUGAUGGAUCGUCAGACGAAGAUGCUCAACCCUGACGACCCCCUCGAUGCUUGA